GCACCCCACCCACCCCUCCACCCACACGCCCACCACGCGCCGCACCACCACCGCCGGGCAGCGACAGGGAUGCUCACCAGCCCCCUCCAAACCGUCAAUGUCGUCACAAUCACCGCCGCUCCUCACUUCGUCGCAUCGUCGCAUCACCGCUCAUUACUAAAAAAACUCAAAUCCAUCGGAUCCGCUCAUUACUAUUACACUAUCACAACUUUAAACCGAAUCAAUCGCCGCGGACGCACGACGGAUUCGCCCCGACAAGUCACGGGGUGAAAGGCGCGUAGGCCCAACCGACGUGGCACGCUUCGCGCCAGGAACGGGACCCAGAUAGCACAAAUAGCGCGAUUCGACGGGUGGAGGGCGAGAGGACGUGUCGCUGUGGGUGUUGCUCCACGACUGUGACUGCGCUGCGCUGCGGUGAGUGCUGGUGUACAGUCAUUCAGUCGGUGGUGCUGGUAAGGUGCUGUUGCUGUGCUGUAGCUGCCUGAGAGUGAAAGAAGGGGGGUUUAUAACGCGGGUGGUACCCUGGUGUCUUGCGAGGAAAAUUAUCAACGACACGAAUUGAACGACAAACGAACAAAUCUGAUACUGUGCGCAUCGUCGCCAUCGAUCGAGCAGAGACAUCAUUUAUCAUAUCAUAACUACGAAAAUCCUAUACUCGAUAUUCGAGAAAGGAAAGGGAAUAGGAAUAGGAAAACGAAAGCAAAGAAGCAAGGCGCAAUGGCAAGCACCACCAUCUCCGACCUCACCGAAGUGCGCCUCGUGCGCCGCAAGUACCGCUGGCCCGCCGCGCAGCUCAAUUUCUGGCUCUUCAUCGUGUUGGUCUCGUGUAGUAGCGUGUUGGGGAUCUUUGCGAGUUUCAGCUCUAUACAGUCGCAGCUUGGUGUUGGGACGCCUUGGUACUUCACCUACAACAUCACCAUCGGCGCCCUUGGCCUCUCCUUCUUCAUCCUCCUCCUCUACCUCAUCAACGCGCGCGCCCUCCUCCCCGGCAUCGUAAUCCUCGGCUCCUUCAUCCUCUUCGUUCUCUGGCUAGUCGGUCUAAUCGUCAUAAGCCUCGAACUCUGGGGGCCCCAAGGCGACGUUAAUGGGAACUGCGCUCUGUAUGUGGGCGGGCAGGAGAGCAGGGGACAGGGGCAGGAGACGCUGGCGUGGCUGAUGCAGGAUACGAUUUGUCAGUGUUGGAAGGCGGGGUGGGCGUUUUUGUUGGUGGGGGAUGCGUUUUGGUUCUGGAUGAUGGUUAUGAGUUAUCAGGUUUAUAAGGAUGAUUGAGGGGUGGGAUAGACACGAGGGGGGUGGAUGGUCGAUCGACUGGAGGUUAGGAGAUUGAUAUGUUGUCAGAUGAGGGAUGGGGAAUGAGGGAAGGGGCGGUGGGAAAGGAGGAUGGGGACGGAUGGACGGGUCAUUUCAUGCAUUUCGAAGCGCGGGGAAUAUAUGGAGCUGGGAUGGACGGAAGGUGUAUAUCGGAACGACUUAAGUCUGGCUGGGUGGGUUGGUAGGGAAAGGCGUAUGGGUAUGGGUAUGAUUGUCAGGUGUUGGGUUGGGAUAUGAUAUAUGUAUGGGUUACGAAAGGAGGGAUACAGAGAUCAAUCUCCCCCGGCAGAGUGUGAUAUAGUUCAAACCCGCCAUCUUGGUAUGGCAGGCAUAGUACGAACUUCCCAGGUUGAAGAAUAUGAAUAACAUCGAUUUAAAC